CUCGACUGGAGGCCUAUGAUGUUAGCGAGCAAACAUCGCAUUCAUUACCUUACCCAUUCCAUUCUUCACUCGUCCAGUCAGGCGUCAUCCCACCACGGCCACGCAGUAACAAAAUACUGCCGCUGACUAGUGCACAGUAAUUAUCCCAAACUGCGCUGCAAAACAAAUCCACCGGCGACGCAGCAGCAGCAACACUGGCUGCGGUACCGACCACAAACACUUCAAGUCGAUCUUCUUCUGAACCACCACUACCACCACCUUUUCUCAAAAACCCCCUCAAUCCAUCCAUUCUCACCACCGUUUACUGUGUCACCUUGCAUUCAUCCCUCGCUGGUCGUUCUUUCCUUGACUCCAGGCCUGCGCUGCCCUCCGUUUUUGCCCUUCCGUGGUCAAAAGUGUGACUGGGAGCGGAUCUCAUCUUGGACUCCCUUUCUCCCUUUUCCCGCCGGCUCCCCAGUUCAGCAACCAUGGAUGUCACAGCGGUACUAGAGAGUACCUUUUCGCCAGAUGCAACAAUUCGUGGCAAUGCCGAAGAACAACUCAGACAAGCGAGCGAGGGAAAUUUUUCCGAAUACCUGUCCAUCCUGUCCCACGAACUUGCGAAUGAACAAGCCAGCGGUUCCGUUCGACAAGCCGCUGGGCUGGCCUUGAAAAAUGCCUUUUCCUACCGUGACAUCACCCGAUUACGAGAAGUCCAGGCGAGAUGGUUACAAGGGGUCGACCCUCAGAUUAAAAGACAGGUCAAAGAGCUGGCCGUCAAGACUCUUAGUGCCAUCCCCGCCGCCGCCCUGUCUGCAGCCCAGCUCAUCGCGGCUAUUGCUGCCAUUGAACUCCCUCGCAACGAAUGGCCCGAUUUAAUGCCCACACUUGUCCACAACGUGGGCGCCGGCGAAGAUCAACUCAAACAGUCCAGCCUGACCACGAUCGGCUUUAUUUGUGAAUCAGAUGACAUUGAACUCCGCGAGUCACUAGUCGGCUAUUCCAAUGCCAUUCUUACCGCCGUGGUGCAGGGAGCGAGAAAGGAAGAGGCGAAUCAGAAUGUCCGCCUCUCGGCUCUUUCUGCACUCAGCGACGCAACAGAGUUUAUUCGCAGCAACUUCGAGAACGAGGGCGAGAGAAACUACAUUAUGCAGGUGGUGUGUGAGGCUACUCAGUCUCAAGACACCCGAGUCCAAGCGGCUGCUUUUGGCUGUCUCAACCGCAUCAUGGGCAUCUAUUACGACAAGAUGAGGUUUUACAUGGAAAAGGCAUUGUUCGGCUUGACGAUCGCGGGUAUGAAGAGCGACGAGGAAGACGUGGCUAAGUUGGCCAUUGAAUUCUGGUGUACUGUCUGUGAAGAGGAGAUUAGCAUCGAGGACGACAACCAUCAAGCUCAACAGGAAGGCUCCACGGAGUUGCGUCCCUUUUUCCACUUUGCCCGUGUAGCGGCUCGGGAGGUGGUGCCGGUAUUGCUUCAAUUGAUGACCAAGGUCUCCGAGGACGAUGCGGAUGAUGAGUACAACGUGGCUCGUGCUGCCUAUCAAUGUCUCCAGCUGUAUGCCCAGACCAUCGGAGGUGAAAUAGUCCCGACCGUCCUUGCGUUCGUCGAUGCAAACAUUCGAAGCGAUGACUGGACGAAGCGAGACGCUGCAGUGUCCUCCUUUGGUGCCAUUAUGGAUGGUCCCGAUAUCAAAACUUUGGACCCCCUUGUCAAGCAAGCUCUGCCGGUUUUGAUCGGAAUGAUGCAAGAUCCGGUUGUCCAAGUGCAAGACUCGGCAGCAUAUGCGCUCAGCAGAAUUUGUGAUUACUGCUCCGACUGCAUUGAUCCAUCUACGCAUCUCCAGCCUCUCAUGUCUGCUCUGUUCAAUGGGCUCAUGGCCAACCCCAAGAUCGCCGCCUCUUGCUGUCUGGCUCUUUUGAACUUGACGGAACGGUUUGUGGGUGAGGAUGGUGCUUCAUCAAACCCACUCACGCCGCAUUUCCAGGACAGCGUGUCGUCUCUGCUUGCUGUCACGGCGAAAGAAGACGCCAACAAUCAACUACGAACCGCGGCUUAUGAGGUUCUUAGCGGCUUCGUCACGAACGCUGCGCACGACAGUCUGCAGAUUGUCGCCGAACUUUCCAAUGUCAUCAUUCAACGUCUGGAGGCCACAAUUCCCAUGCAGAAGCAGAUUGUGAGCAUCGACGACAAGAUUACGUUGGAAGAACUACAAGUCAGCCUGGCCAGCGUCCUCCUCGCCAUUGUUCAAAGACUUGAACAGAACAUUGCUCCCCAAGCGGACCGCAUCAUGCAAAUCAACUUGGAAAUGCUCAAUGUUGCGGGCAACACGUCUGUGCCCGAGGUCAUUUUCCAGAUUGUUAGCGGCCUGGCCAAUGCUCUGUCUGGCGAUUUCCUCAAGUACAUGGACUCCUUCGUUCCAUACCUUUACAAUGCUCUUGCCAACCAAGAUGCUCCCGACAUGUGCUCCUUGGCUAUUGGCCUUGUGAGUGACAUUGUUCGCGCCCUGGAGGACAAGGCACAGCCCUACUGUGAUACGUUUAUGAACUACCUACUCAACAACCUCAGGUCCGACAAGCUCACCAAUUCCCUCAAGCCGCCGAUCCUGGAGACAUUCGGGGAUAUCGCGACCAGCAUCGGUGUACACUUUGAGACCUACGUGACGGUGGUUGCUCAGGUGCUUCAACAAGCCAACAAUGUCUCUGUUGCCAACGAUGUCUCGUUCGACAUGCUUGACUACAUUGUGUCGCUUCGCUCUGGAAUUGCGGAUGCUUGGUCAGGCUUGAUUUUGGCGUUUAAGGGCACGCCCAAGGCUCCUCUCCUUCAGAAUUAUGUGCCGGCCAUCUUCGAGUUCCUGCAGACUGUUGCUCAGGACAUGAACCACAACGAGGGUCUCCUGAGGGCUUGCAUGGGCAUCAUUGCUGAUUUGAGCGAGACCUUCCCAGAUGGCUCCUUGGCAAACUACUACCGACAAGAAUGGGUGACGAAGCUCAUCAAGGAAACUCGAAGCAACCGUGACUUCUCUCCUCGAACAAUCACCGCGGCACGUUGGGCAAGAGAACAAGUCAAGCGACAGACUCAACAUCAAGGUACCGUCAUGAACGCUUCAUGAACUUGAUGUGCAGAGUUAUCUGUCUCCCAAUAUGGUUAUCCACAUCCCCGGCACCAUCACCGCCACCCUCGACUUCCCCUUGCCCAAUACUGCCCAGCAACAGCCCAGCCCAACCCAGUACAGCACAGUACAGCACGCCUUAAAGCCCCUGUCAAACGCUGAUCACCUUCUGCGCAAGGUCUACUCAUCACAAGCGAGCACUAUCGUGACUCCUUAAGAGAUUGAUGACGAAAGAGACCGACCCCUGGAAGGACAAAAUGGUCGCGUGGACAUGCGACAACAUGCUGACGAACCCCAAUCCGCCCCGUCGCCACAUAUGUCGGACAAUCCCGCCGCCUUUAUACAACUACUUCUGCGGUCUUGGGCCCAUCCGCAUCGACCUUGAGUCGGGAUUGCCUAAUGGUCAUGGCCGUCGUCUGCGUGCAGCCGGCGACAGACUCUGACGGAAAGUGGCCUGUCGUUCAACAGCCAACCCAGUCUCGAUCUGUCCAUGGACCGAACUUUACACAUAACACCAAGCUGACCUUGGAGAAUGAGAUGUUGAGCCGCCAGUUACGGCGGAGUCGACCUCGACUGGGGCCUCGAUGGGAAAGCAUUCGUGUUGAUGUGGUUCAAGGAAAAAGCGGUAGUAGAGAUUCUCUCUUUCUUGUGGACGAAGAGACGACCCGAGACGAGAGGACCAGCAUAGAAGCAAAGUUGGACGAAUAGAUGGCGAGACUGUCCGGAAGCACAUGCAUCAGCACCAUGAUACCCCCGUUGUUCCCCUUGCACUUUCCCCUUCACACACCGCCCCCCAUAUCUUGUGUCUUGUUCCUCCCUGUCAUCCUUGAAUUGAAUGCGCGGCAGGACUUGAGAUUUUGAGACCACAUUUGUGAUGAUGGAAAGGUGUCGCGACAGCUUGUCUGGCUUUGUAGUUAGUGGAGAAGGUAGUAAAGGGGCAUUUGUUCGGAACAAGACGCCCCUUACCGCCGGAUCCAGUCUGUCAUCUCGCGGUGAACAGACUCUCAUGCAGACUCCAUAGUAUAGAUAGAAUCGCGAAAUGCAGUUAUGUCGAGAGAGACCCGAUCUGAGCAUCUCUCUACAUAUGCAGUGGUUUGUCCUUUGUACCCAUAGGCCUUCAACAAGGUCCUAACCUAGGCCAUGAUGUUGGCGUAUAGUGUGUACUGAGGACCAUAGUUUAUUAUGCUCACAGCUUAUAUAGAUACCGGAACAUGUCCUGUAUAUGAUGGCG